GUCAUAGACCGGUGCACCGCGGCUCAGGUCUCACUGCCAUUUUGGUGAUGCCUCACAUGAUGACUGUGUCGACAAGGAUUUGACGCGUCUUAUUAAACAAGCCUGUUAAUCGAAUACAUUGUUAUACCAGGGUCUCACAAAACCAGGCAUACAUACUCAGAGAUCUGCAAGCUUAUUUUCCUCGCUGCGAAUCCUGUUUGUCACUGGUGAAGGUUAGCUACUACUGUAGCAAGGUUAGCUAAACAUUACCCAACUGUGAAGAUGUUGAGCAAGACUGUUACGACGAAGCUUCUGGGAUCCAUGCGAGGGUUCCCAAGCCACCGAAUGAACUAUGUUCAAAGUGCUGUGAAUGCUGUUGAGAGAGGUAAGUUAGGUUAUUCGCCUUUUUUACACAAUGUUUUAUUAGUUACUUAUCAUCUCGCUAGUUAGCUAACUAGCUAAUGAUACUCAUUCGAUGACGCAGCAAGUUAGUUAGAUAAUACCGCGUUUAAAAGAACUGGGAACUUGGAAAAAAGCGAGCUCCGACUGGGAAAAAUCGAUUUGAACGGUCAUCCAACUCCGGAACUCUCUGUAGAGCUCAGACUUUCCGACCUGAAUAUCGUAUUUUUCCGAGUUCCCAGUUGGUUUAAACGCGGCAUCCCUGCUGUAGCCAGUUCCCUAACUUUUAUGCCGUUACAUUACAUCCGUGUGACAGUGUAUUGAUGCCCUGAAUGCAUAUGAGAGGUUUGCCAAUUAAUUCACAGAUAAAUGUGUAUGUUUUCUGGACCCAAAUGACACAAUAUUAUGUUUUUACAGAAUUUAUCAAAAGUAGGGAGCUGGAGAAAGAUGAGCUGCGACCUCUGUACAUGGAUUUUCAAGCAACAACACCAAUGGUAUGUGGCUCUCAAACGUUAGCUACCAGCCUCUAGCCUCUCCCACGAUAAUUAUACCAAACUGGCGGCAUGUCAAAUCUGUAAAACAUUGGAUCUUAUUAAUUCGUUUCAAUGGGUCAUCUUUGAGAACUGCAACCACCACAUAAUCUUCAACUCAAUAUGUUUUAUCUCAUGACUCUAGGAUCCAAGAGUUCUGGAUGCAAUGCUUCCCUAUCAAGUGAACUAUUAUGGUAACCCUCACUCCAGAACACAUGCAUAUGGCUGGGAAAGUGAAAGUGCAAUGGAAAAAGCUAGAAAGGUAAUUCAUUUGCAGUUAAUUGACUAGCUAUUGCAUCAUGUCAUUCGAUGAUAAGGCUAACAUCUUAAUUUGAUUUAUCCUUACAGCAAGUUGCAGACCUGAUUGCUGCAGAUCCUCGUGAGAUCGUGUUCACAAGUGGUGCCACUGAAUCUAAUAAUAUGUCAAUCAAAGUAAGUCUGUAUUUUACUGCUUUAGCAGUCAGAUUAAGGGCAAGGGAUUUGGGAGGGUGAAUAAUACAUGCCAAGAACUGCCAGCUGAUGGAAAGAUUAAGACAUAAGAAUGAGCUAAGGUCAAUCAACUGUUCUGUUGUGUAAUUUAUUUGUAAAUGAGGAUACAUGCUAACAAUUGAGAGGAAAAGGAACUGAGUGGUUGUUUUUGUUUCUAGGGUGUGGCCCGAUUUUACAAAUCCAAGAAGAAGCACGUUAUCACCACUCAGACAGAGCAUAAGUGUGUGCUGGACUCCUGUCGAGUCUUGGAGGCAGAGGGCUUUGACAUAACCUAUCUUCCUGUGAAGACUAAUGGCCUGGUUGACCUAGAGGCAAGCUCAAUUGUUUGGUUGUUUUAUCUAAACAUGUGCCCCAUUGUAUAAAUCCACUACUGCGUUCUUGUACCAAGAAUAAGAUAAAUUGUUCAAAUAAUUUGAUAGUAAGUUCUCAUGGGCUAUUUCUUCAAUAUGUUUGUAUGUCUUGAAUACCUCAUAUGCUGAUAUAAAAAUGUUGCUAUUUUUUAUAGCUACUGGAGGAAACAAUUCGUCCAGACACUAGUUUGGUGUCUGUGAUGACCGUGAACAAUGAGAUUGGUGUGAGGCAGCCUGUCGAAGACAUAGGUAACCUUUUAGCCUAAAUAGAUUCAGAAGUACAUCCACUGUGAAAUAAAUACAUUUUGUUUUGUCUUUAUUCAUCUGCUAUUAUUUUCACACACACUUCUCCAGGUCGAAUCUGCCGGUCAAGGAACGUGUUCUUCCACACUGAUGCAGCUCAAGCUGUGGGAAAAAUCCCCAUCAAUGUAUCUGACUGGAAGGUAGACCUGAUGUCCAUCAGCGGGCACAAAAUAUAUGGUCCCAAAGGUACAUUGUGUACACUUUAAUCUACAUUGUUGUAUAUCAGAUACUAUCAGUGUUGUUGUCAAUUCCAUCUUUAGUUAGGAAGAACACUGAAAUUCCUAUUUUCCUCACUGAAAGCAAGGAGAGAAAAUGGAAUUGAAAUGUCAGUUUACUUCCUGAAUUGAAGUGGAAUUGACCCCAAGCCUGGCUACUACAUUGAUUGAACUCUUGUGUCCACCCACAUAUUUAACUCCUUUAAUUGUUGGUGUUUAUGUGAGGACUGUGCCAGCAAUUGAGUAUGUUUGUGAUUUGACAGGGGUUGGGGCUCUGUAUGUGCGGCGCCGGCCCCGGGUUCGAAUGGAGCCACUGCAGAACGGUGGAGGCCAGGAGAGGGGGCUUCGCUCAGGGACAGUGCCCACUCCUCUGGCUGUGGGACUGGGAGCAGCCUGUGAUAUAGCCCAGCAGGAGCUAGAGGUAGACAACUCUCAUUACUGUCUGAAACAAACCUACACAGGAUGUUGUUCAUCGAUGUUUGUUUUUACUUGUUUUUUUUUCUCCAAUUUAGCUUGAGUUCAAGAGACAGGAUUUUAAACUGUUUGUUUGUAUAAAAAACAGUCAAAGAAUGUAGAGGCUUGCACAGCAAACUGAUAAUCUUCUUUUUUCUGACCAAUCCCCACCGCAUUAUAUGAAAGGUUCCAUCAUAUCUUAUUUGCUGCAUGUUCUGUUGAUGGGAAAAUUAUAAGUAUUUACUGUAGUAGUAGUGUAUUCUUUGUAGUGAAAGAAAGUUCAUGUAUAUAUAUUUUUUAAACUUGUUGAUCUUCUCUUCUUUCCAGUAUGAUCACAGCCGGGUGUCAAUGUUGGCAAACCGCCUUGUGCAUAAAAUUAUGUCAGAGAUCCCUGAUGUUGUGAUGAAUGGUGAUCCAGAGCAAAGAUACCCAGGUGAAGCGCAGAGCAGGGGAUUUGUGGACAUAAUAAUAGACAGGCAUAUAAGUGGGUGGAAGUAGAAUUCAUAUUUUUCACAAGAACCAUCUAGAUGUAAUUGGCUGGUAAUCUGUUAAUUAAGUAAAUCCCUUUAUUCCUUAUGAGUUAAUCAGGGACUGUGCUGUACAUUAUCAUAAUCACAUUAGAGCAAUAGUAUGUUGUAUAUGCCUACAGAUAAAGUGGAGCACUUAAUAGUUGGUGGAUUGUACUCUACAUUUACAUUACAUUUUCGUCAUUUAGCAGACGCUCUUAUCCAGAGCGACUUACAAAUACUCUAGUCAGUUGACAGAUCAGAGUAGAAUCCCUUAAAUGUUGAUUCUCUAUUAUUAACUUGAAUGUUUUUGGUCUGACACAGGAUGCAUUAAUUUAUCCUUUGCCUACGUGGAGGGAGAGAGUCUGUUGAUGGCCCUGAAGGAUGUCGCUCUAUCAUCUGGCAGGUCAGUAGCAAAUACAGAGCUAUUAGAUUAUUUUAUAUAUAAAAUAAAUAAAUAGAUUAACAGCUAUUGAGUUGGAUCCAAAUGAAAAUACUGUACGUUGAUGAUGCCAUCUUCCUGCAGUGCCUGCACUUCUGCUUCAUUGGAGCCUUCAUAUGUCCUGAGAGCUAUUGGAACGGAUGAGGACCUGGCCCACUCCUCAAUCAGGUGAGUAACAGUUAGGAACACAACUCAAGAAGUUCAAAUGGAUGAUCGUGGGAUUUGAAAGAUGUAAAUGUUCCUUUUUAUCAUUCCUAAUUACAAAAGAGCAGGGUCAAGAAUAACAUUUUACAGCUGAAUUGUAUUAUUUUGGUGUUUUACCUAGUCUGUUUGUAUGUUGUUACUCCAAAUUACCUGAAGAUUUGGAAUCGGCCGAUUUAGCACAGAGGCAGAAGUGGACUAUACAGCGGACAAGUGCAUUCAGCAGGUCAAACGCCUGAGAGAGAUGAGGUGAGAGAAAAAGAAUAGAAUAGCAUACAUAGAGGCACAGAUGAAGUCUAGUCCUGGACUACAAAGCAAGCUCAAUGGAGAAUCUCAUUUGAAAGUGCUUUUUAGUCUAGGACUAGGCUUAAUCUGUGUCCAGGAAACCACCCCAAAAUGUAAAUGCUGAAUGUCACUUAACUAGGAAUUUACUGGUGGCUAGAAAUCUUAAUAUUUUCUGUACACAAUAGUGUUGAUGAUCUAAUGAAAUACUAUAAUAAUAGCCUUUUAAUUUGCAAUAGUAUCAAUGCACUGUUACAGGUUAAUGUAUUCAUUGUUGUCCAACUUUUUCUCUUCAGCCCCUUGUGGGAGAUGGUGCAAGAAGGAAUUGAUCUGAAGAGCAUCAAGUGGACACAGCACUAGAGCAAGCCUUCAGGAAACAUACCUAAGAGCAUUGUGAAUACUAAACUUGUUUAGUUUGCUGACUACUAUGCCACUCCCGUGAUGAUUGGUAAUUAUUUAUACUGUCAAGAAACACGCACAACUUCCUGACUUAUUUUAGUGGAGGCCUAUGAGUAUAUUUUGUAUUGGUAGACCUGAAUAAUUUGUUCCUUUGUAUUUGACAAAUUAUUAUUAUUGAUACGCACAUCAUUAAAAACGUAGGUGCUGGGCUAAUAAAGAAAACUUGUAAUGAAAUGAAGGCCCUUAAAGCGUUGAAUUGGGAGCAUAAAUAGUGUGCAGGCCUUCCUGUUCUUUACAAGUGCUCUUAAGUAGUUCACAUAAUUUUUCAGCUGCUUUGACCAUGGGAUUUUAUGACUGAGAGCAAGUUACAGAAUGGUUCAUUUAUGUGGAAUGUGCUACAUUCCAUUUAGUUUAUGGAUAAGUCAUUAUACGUUGACCACAUACAGCAUGUUAACAAGGUUAACGUCAACAGUAACACGGGCACUGGUUUCAUGUCACUGUAAGGGAGGAAAUUGAUAAAAUAUUUACCUCAUCUCAAUGUGUGAAUUUGAAUGCCAGUCUUGUUGAGCAAUAGUCUUCUAAUCAUGGAAAUUAUCCCCAGUUGGUUUGCAUACAGUCUCUGGCAAAAUGUGUAUUGUUUGUAUGAAUCUUGCAUGUUAUCUUUUAAUCUGAUUUGAUGAUUUCCUGUGAGGGGAAGUAUGCAAACCAAUUUACGUGGCCAGCUGUUUUAUGACCUCAGUAUAUAAUCUACCACCACCGUGACUGAACAUAUACAGUGCUUGUUGUUUCUGCUUUGUACAUGCAGCAUAUAGCACAGCAGACUCAUUACUCUUCCCAAAAUGUAUUUCCAUAAUGUCCAACAGCAAUCUAAUCUCACAAUGUAUACAUGCAUGCAUAUAUUUGUAGCUAGCUCUCCAAUAAAUAAUUGACUCAGCCUGUCCCUGAAUUAUGUCAGUAUUUCAUAUGUAGUUGGUC